CAUCAUUCCAAACCACUACCUACUUGCACGCAGCGGCAGUAUCUUCACUUUCCAAUCUUGCUGCUCCUUCCCAGUACUAGCCUAGUCUCACCAUGCUGCAAGAGUGCCACGGGACCACCACACCUCCUCGUGCCACCACACCGUCAACAUUUGGCCUGCACAUUCAAGUUCCAGUGGUCCACCACGAGCCCAACCAUUUCCAACGGAUGCUGUACCCGCCGUCGUCAUCGUCCACCGACUCGAGCUCGGACGACGGCGAGUCGCCAGCUUCGAGGGAGAUGGCGCCGUUCCUGAGAAAUCUGCGCAACAUGCUGGACGUGGAGAGUACCGAGGUGCUACGCUGGAACAAGGACGGGUCGGCGUUCGAAAUCCACGACAUGGACGAGCUCACGCGCACGAUCCUGCCCAAGUACUUUAAGCACAACAAGUACACGAGCUUUCAGCGCCAGCUCAACUACUUCCACUUCAAAAAGUGGACGAAAAGCCGCGCCAACGUGUGCACGUUCUCCAACGAGUUUUUCCUGCGCGACGACGUGGACAAGAGCUUGUGGAUCACGCGCAAAAAAGGACUCAACAGUCGGUCCGCGACGUUUGACGACAUGGUGACCACCCCCCGGACCGCGGCUGUCAUGGUCGCUGAGGGCUUUGACCCGCGAGACAUGCGCCGCCCGCCGCCGGACGAGUUUAUGAUGCAGGAAGAUUUGGAGUGGCUUGCAAACUUGGAAAGCGUGCCUCUCUCCAACUUGAAGGGGGACCCCGCCGCCCUCGACUGGAUACAGCCCACGCCCUACCCUGAUAUGUGGGUUGUGAACGUGUGAAAAACGAGGUCCAGUGGCUAAUCGGGUUUAAUUUAUUCUUCGGGUCGAAUUGUCCAUCGUGUUCUUCUGAUUGUUCGCAUUCGUGCCCACGUGGUGGCAUCACCUAUAGUACCACAGAGCCAAUCCAC